CACCGCUCAUGGACCCAGCAUUCCACGAGGCCAGACAGAGAUUCGCCAAGGCCAAGCCGUCCCGGACCGAGUACAAGUUGACCAAGUUUCAACGGCACCUUCGCCGCAAUCCUUAUGGUAGUGCUCCGUCUUCACAAGCAGAGAGAGAAAGGCGACGAACGAUCCUCUAACACGCCUUCAGCUAAGGCCUUAGCCACACCCGUGCGGAAAUGCCCAAUCACCACCACCGCCCUUCCUAGCUUCUUCCUUCAGCGCUUCGCUCUCAUCGCGCAUCCCGAGACAAAGAAGCCCUGGUUUGUGCCUCAAGAUCUGGAGACGAAGGCCCCGGUCAAAUCCCCAGCUGCCGAGGCUCAAUGUCCGGACGCCGCCCAAGGCGGCCGAGAAGCCGCCGAUGCUCCGUCUCCCGAGGCUACCCAGGAGGCUACCCAGGAAUCCCCCAAGGACGCCGAGACGGGUCAGAAGGCGGACGGGCCGACCCCCGGGACACGGAACUGUGAGAAACGAGGUCCGUCUGCCUACACCCUUUCUUCCCAAAGGUUGCUCCAGGAACUGCAACGCGAGAAGUCGCCGUAUUUCAAGCUUUACAAGAAACUCCUGCGCAUGAGCGACCAUGGGAACACCAAGCUCGGUUCGCUCAUCACUACUGCUACCUGGCGCAGCGACAUGGACGCAGUCGUACUGGAACUGUUGCGCAGGCGCGUCGUCGAAGGCCUAUGCCACUUCUCGAACAUGACUGACAAGGCCGGCCGAAAGUAUGUGGUCAAGUGUGAGCGCUGGGACGACGUCAAGAAUCUCAAACACCGCGGAUGUCUGCUGUACCUCGGGCUCCCGGAGGAAAGCUCCUCGGGAUCGACCUCUGGAUACGUUCCGCCGAGGCUGGCGGCAAUGGACAUGGGCCCCGUGAAAUUCGGCUCAAAGCUCGCCGUCCACAACCUUCCUGAGUUGCUUGGAGAGGAGCACGUUUCGCAGCUGAGGCGGGGGUCCACACUGCUUCGCGAUGGGUCGCUGUAUCUGCUCGGAAGACGCGCGACUGUCAACCUGCAGAUGAUGCUCUGGAAACUUCAAGGGUAUAUGGCGUGGGAUCAAGGACAACAGGACACGUCAAAUGAAGGUGACUCGAAGGAAUAGACGUAACGACACGGCUGCUGCAGGCUUGAUGGCAGCUCAUGCGAAGGGAGCAUACCGUUACCGAAGAUGUCUCCCACCCCAUUCAUAGAUCA